AUGAAGGAAGCCAAGAAUGAGAUCGUGCACGGGAAGCUGAACUUGAACGUGCCGCCUCUACUGACCAGGCGCGUCUCCGGUUCCACCGCUAUCUCUGGUUCGAGGCUUGACCCGGCCAACAUGGUGCCCUUCUCGUGGGAAAGGAUCCCGGGCGAGCCCAAGGACCGGGGGAACUCGAGCGGCGAUGACGUGCCGCCGCCCCCGAAACCACCGCCCGCCCGGUGGCGGCCCUCGGUUAGGGUUGAUGAUCUCGAUCUCAAUCUUGACGGGAGUGAAGAAAACAACGAUGGUAUCGACAUAUUUUCAUUAGCGGAGUCGGUGGAUGACGUGGAAGGGUACUGCAAAGCGACAGAGGAGAGAAGCUCGUCUAUUCUGUUGGCCGAAGGAGACGAUUGGUGUUCGCCGAAUUUCAUCAUAGAGAGAUUCUUGCCGGACGCGCAAGCCCUAGCUGAGGAAUCCGUUAUGGACAAGAAACUUCCGUACUCGGAUUCUCGAGCCGUUAGCAUAGGGAGAUUGAAGGGGUGUGGCUUAGCUAGUUUCUUGCCCUGGAAAAUGCAACCAAAAUCUUGCAAAAUCAAAACUCCGGUUUGUGACACUAUAAUUGGUCCUAAUUUGAAGCAUAAACGGUCGUGA